AUAAGACCAAUAGAAGGUGUCGGAAAAAUUGACUUUCUUAACCCUCAUACAUUUAUUCAAAAUAAUUGCCCUUGUAAUGGAAAUAAUUGUACUAUUGAUUUAACUCCAUUGGCUUGUGGCAUAGAGCUAUAUAACAUUACUGCAAAUUCUUUAAUGUUUAUCACUCCAAUAAAUCCUGCAUGUUCUCAACUUCCUAUCCUUCGUUUUAUAUUAACUUCAAAUAUUUAUACAAUGAAUGUAGGGUAUGUUAGAAUUACAACAGAAAGUAAUUCUUUUGUAUCAAUUAGUGAUUUAGUUAUCAGUCAACCAGAAGGUGAUGUUCAGUUUUUUGACAUUAAUGAGAUGGUUAUUAUUAAAAAAGUAAAAAGUUUUAACCAAUCAAUAUCGUCGAGCCUAUCAGUGAUUAAUUCGAAACUUAACUUUAUCUCGAUUGAUAGAAAUAUUACACUAAAUUUCAUCAACUCUGAUAUUCACUUCAGUGAUAUAACCACUGUGCUUGACCAAGAACUAUUUCUUCGUCAAUCAAUAAUUUACAUAUCAAAAUCUCUAAUUAUAGAAAAUGCACACCUUACAAUUUACUAUGAUCAAUACCAAAGUUGGAGUGUUCUUUAUGCUAACUCUGAUAUUGAAAUAAGUUCAAUGGCAGUAACAUUAGUUAUUGAAGGAGAUUCAGUCAGCUCUCAAAGUGAUUGUUACCAAGAGUCAUGUGCCCCAUUCAUAAGUAACACACCAGGAAAUAAGGUAUAUCUUAGUGACAAUAUUACUUUUGAGGUACUUAACGACACUGGAAUGGAUAAACUUGAAAUUCUUUUACAAGAUCAUUCAGUGGAACUAUGUUUUACUAGGACUAAAGGAUGUUCCGUUGUAGAAAAAUACGGAUAUAUCUUUGUAUUUGUGCUUUUUUUUAUUCUUUUAUUGCCAUUUCUAGUUAUUCCUGUAGUAAUUUGGAUGAAUAAAAUGGGUUGUCGAAAAAAAGACCCUUAUCAAGAUUUUGGUUAUUAA